AUGUCGAUUCUCUACGAAGACGAAUACGUCCGUCUCGGUCAAUUCACACUUUUCGUCAAAAACUACCAUUUCCCUACCAAAAAAACCAAGUCAAUCUCCCUGGAGGCCAUCACCACACUCUGGUUUGAGGAACAAGAGACAUGUAAAAGCUCCACAACAAAGAUCUGGGGAAAAGCCUCAUCGGCGAGCAUCUAUUGGGCCCUUGACGUUAAACGUUCCCUCGGCAGUCUCUCCCCUCGUCCCCCAGCCAAAUCCAACGUGGUCGUCGAAGUCGGCGCGAAACUUCGCGUCGGCUUCUCCGUCGAGAACAUCGACGAAUUCAUGGACGCCAUCCGCACUCUUCUCGACUACCACGUCAUCAUCGUCAACUACAUCAACCUCCCCUAA